UCUUACACCUAAUUACGGCACUUUAUAUGCAAAAAUCUGUUCAUUUAAGUCAUAAGAUAGAGUGAAAUAAAGAAAUCAAGACCAAAAACUGGGUUAUAAUUCACCAACAGUUAUGACCAGGAUGUAUUUUAUGUUAGUGACUUCAAUAUUUACUUUGGUUUUCACUGGGACCAGUCAGGCACAAGCCCUAACAUCAGAACAAAUCCUCAGUAGGAUUACCGAUUUAGAAAUCAAAGACAGGGAACAGUCUGUGAUCAAUGCUAAACUACUGGAAAUGGUUGCUGAACAAAGAGAACAACUGGUACGGAAAGAGUUAACCCUACAGCAACUGCUGAAACAAGUACAUCGACUUAAACAGCAAGAAUCAACAGUUCAGGACCUACUGACACAGGUCACCAAUUUAAAAUCAACUGUAGCCAUCCUAAAAACCACAAUUGCAAGUCUGGCUAGCAAAGGUGAAGAGAACGUCAGAGAGGACACUGAAACCAUGUCAACCACUGGAAAAGAGAACAAACUUUUACUCAGAAAAACAGCUGAAAACCAAGACAACAAAGCAACAGAUAAAGCUGAUACUCAGAAAAUAAAUCAAAGAAAUGUUCAAGUACCCUUGUCGCCGUUUGAUCUUGUGAACACAAACACAUCCGGACUGGUAGCCUUCCAUGCUGUGACUGACUAUCAACAACUCUUCAACCUCAGUCUGAAUCAAAACAUCGUCUUUGAGACUGUCCUACUAAAUCUUGCCUCAGCCUACGAUAAUAAUCGAGGGGUUUUCGUAGCUCCAACAAACGGUUUAUAUCUCUUCUCAACUUCUGUCUUGUCAUAUGACAGAGACAAGGUCAUUUAUGUUGACCUUGUAAAAAGUGGCACAGUACUAGCAAGUAUGCAGGGGCAUGGUGACCAAACCUCUGUUACUGCAGUAACACAACUCAAUGCUGCAGAUGAAGUCUCUGUCAGACUGUUCUGCUGUACUGUAAAUUCAGUGUAUGGAAAAAGAUAUACCAGCUUCAACGGGCUACUCCUCAAAGCAUUAUAAACUGUAGCAUGAAAAUGUUUUGCUUAAAAUAAAAAGAAAUCUUAUCCUUACUUAGCAGAAGGUCAUAUCAUUAGAAAAUAAUAUUUUGGAAUGUCAAAAUUUUUAGUAUAACUGAGAAAUAUAAAUAAAGUGUUGUUCUCUUUAACAAUAAA